AUGGCCAGCAAGAAAUUAACUCGAAUAGGCUUAUCCCAGGAUCUUUGUGAUCGGCUAAGUAGACAUCAUAUUGUUACUUGUCAGGAUUUCCUAUGUCUUUCCCCGUUGGAACUCAUGAAGGUGACUGGCCAGAGUUACCAGGGUGUCUCUGAACUUCUCUAUGUGGUUAGCAGAUCCUGUGCUCCUCAAAUGCAGACUGCUUAUGAAAUGAAAUUGGAGAAAUCUGGUGGUCUAUCUUCAGCUUUCUUAGCUACAACCCUUACCAGCUUAGAUGAAGCCCUACAAGGUGGUGUGGCUCGUGGGUCACUGACAGAGAUCACAGGUCUUUCAGGUUGUGGCAAAAUGUUUUGUAUGAUGAUGAGUGUUUUAGCUACGUUGCCCAUUGGCAUGGGAGGAUUAGAAGGGGCUGUUAUAUACAUUGACACAGAGUCAGCAUUUAGUGCAGAAAGAUUAAUCAGGAUAGCAGAAUUCCGUUUCCCCAGCUUUUUCAACACUGAAGAAAAAUUACUUUCCAUGAGCAGUAAAAUUCAUUUGUAUAAGGAACUUACUUGCAAUGAAAUACUAAAAAGGAUCGAGUCUUUGGAGGAAGAAAUUAUCUCCAAUGGAGUUAAACUUUUGAUUAUUGAUUCUGUUGCGUCUGUGGUCAGAAAGGAGUUCGAUACACAACUUCAAGGCAAUAUAGAGAGAAGUAAUUUUUUGGCAAGGGAAGUAUCAUUAUUGAAGUAUUUGGCUGAGGAAUUUUCAAUAAUAGUGAUUUUAACUAACACAGUAAUUACAACCAGUUUCUGUUUUGUUGCCAUCUUUGUACUUUGUAAUGUGUCUUUCGAGAAUAUGCGUUAUUGCCCAACUGUUCCUUUUGAAAUACCCAUGUCUCAGGUCUCGUUGUUCUCGGAGUCGAGCCUCCUGAUCGUCCCUGGUCUGCCCCUCUGCUCUAGGCUCCUUCAGCCGUCUCAGGGUACUGCUUCCGCAGCCCUGAUCCCAUCUGCACUGGGUCCCCACUUGAGGUCCAAGCCUGUGUUCGAGAUCCUUUUCCGCGCCUACGGCAAUGCCUUGAACCGCACAGGAACUCUGGAAAGUCCGUGCGCGUUUUUUAGCCUCUUGGGGUCCUAA